UUCUAUUCAUGCUAUCAUGUUUAUAAUAAUAACACCCUCAUAAUAAAAUGUUGUAUACACUCUCUCCCCCACAUCACAUUUCCCAUUGUUGCUUCCUUACUAACCCAAUCAACCUUCAUUCAUCACAUCGACAUCAUCAUCAUCUUCGUCACCGUCCGUCAAACCCCAGAAUUCGCUCAUCCCCUUCCUCCACCGGAAUCUUUUACUCUCUUCCCGCCAUUGAUGAACACCAAAAUCAUCAAAAUCAACAUCAUGACAUUAAUGACAGUGAGUUCUUUAAUCAAUUUUACAACUCUUCUUCCGUUAAUCUGAACAACCCACCAAGGGAAUGCGAAAUUGAACAAGAUAGAGAUAGAGAUAGGGGUGAAUCUAGUAGCGGCAUUUUCACAAACAUGUGGUGGGCAGACUUAAAAGCAGCGGUAGGGCAGAGGAUUAACGUCAAAGGGAUUCUUUUUACGGUUUCGGUGAUUACUAGACAUAGAAAUUGGAUGAUACCUCAUGUAUGGGUGCCUGAUGUAAGGUAUAUUGAUUGGGCUGCAUUGAAGAGAAAGGGGUUUGAAGGUGUUGUGUUUGAUAAGGAUAAUACUCUUACUGUUCCUUACUCUUUGGGUUUGUGGGGGCCGCUUACCGCGUCUGUCGAGUCUUGUAAAUCUGUGUUUGGGAAUAAUAUUGCGGUUUUUAGCAACUCUGCUGGACUUGAGGAGUAUGAUCCUGAUGGCCGGAAAGCUAGGGCUGUUGAGUUUGCCAUCGGAAUUCGAGUAAUUCGACAUAAGAUGAAGAAACCGGGUGGUUCAACCGAAGAAAUUGAAAGACAUUUUGGAUGUGAUUCGUCAAAGCUCAUUAUGGUGGGUGAUCGUCCUUUCACAGAUAUCGUCUAUGGAAACAGAAACGGGUUUCUUACUAUAUUAACUUCCCCGUUGAGUCUUACAGAGGAGACCUUCAUUGUUAAGCAGGUACGUAAGAUCGAACUAGUUCUUUUGAACUGGUGGUUGAGAAAGGGCCUAAAGCCAGCCAAUCCGAGGCUUCUUCCAGACGCUUUGGAUUGCGUGAAGGAACCACCACCUGUUUAAGGCAUGAUGUAGAAACUAGAAAAUGAGGAUUUGAAAUCGUUUUAUGUGGCGCAAGCUGCCUAUGUAUGAUUCUUUUGUUACCUUAUUAUAAUUAGAGAGUGUUUGGGAUUA